CAUGCUCGCGAGAGUUUGAGGUGAAUUUCCUUCCGUGCCUGAGUGGCUCAUGCGAGUGGGACUCUCAGAGUCGGGGCCCGAGAAGGUGGGACCACGGUCGGUUCCCGAGUUCCGGGGCAAAGGGGUUUGCGACGGACGGAAAGCAUGGAAGAGAUAAGGGAGGGUACGAAACUGCUGAGCUCCAGUGAUGUGGCCAGACUUCAGGAAGAGCAUGGAAAGGUGGUCAGCAGCUGCAAGGAAAAAAUCCAACACUGGAGUAAGGUUGAAAGCGACUAUGAAGCACUUCAAGAGCGACUAGGCACAUUGCCAGACAAGCUGUCGUAUGAAAUCAUGGUACCUUUUGGCCCACUCGCCUUUAUGCCAGGGAAACUUGUCAAAACUAACGAAGUUACCGUUUUGCUUGGGGACAGCUGGUUUGCUAAGUGCUCAGCUAAACAAGCUGUUGGCCUUAUUGCCCACAGGAAAAAACAUGUUAGGAAAACAAUAGAAGAUCUGCAAGCAGUUGCAAAGAACUUUGAAUCUAAAGCCGUCUUUACGAAAGAUCUGCAAAGCAUGAGUGACGAACAUGGGGAUUUAUUUGACAUUCAAGAAGAAGCAAAUAAGGAUACAGCAUUUACUAAAGGAAGCCACCGCAUUGCACACAAGCCUCAUUCAAAACCAAAGGUACCUGACUGUUUUGAAGAGGAGGUUGCAGAACAUGAAAUGGGAACAAAACCUAAAACCACGUUUUUAGACAAUGAGGAACUGUGGGCAAGAUUGGAAGAGCUUGAACGGGAAGAAGAGUUACGUGGAGAGCUUAAUAAUAUUGAUGAGAUACAAAAUGGAAUAGAUCUAGGAUUUUCUGAAGAAGACAAAGAGAAUCGAAAAACUGAUCUUAAUGUGUCCCAAGAAGUGAGAGAAUCUCCAACUCAGGGAAAUUAUCUAAAUACAAAAUCAGAGUCGGCAGUGAACACCAGUGGUAUCAGUGUUUCAGUUUCACACCAGAGUGAUGGUGAAGAUGACUCCGGCUUCAUUAAAAACUCUGUGGCAACCAUACAUUUUCUGCACACAGUUGAACCAAAAAGAGUAAGAAUAAACACUGGAAAAAACACUACUUUAAAAUUUAGCGAAAGAAAAGAGGAAGCCAAAAGGAAAAGAAAAAACAGUAAUGGGAAUGGCCAAUCAGUUCCAGAGCUGCCCACUAUAAAAACACCGGCAGAUGUAUAUAGAGUGUUUGUUGAUGUUGUAAAUGGUGAAUAUAUCCCCCGAAAAUCCAUUAUGAAGUCUCGUAGCAGAGAGAACAGCGUUUGCAGCGAUACUAGUGAGAGCAGUGCACCAGAGUUUGAUGAAAGAAGGACUUACUUAAGAAAUGUUAGCUUUGAGGAGAAUGCAUUUAGUGACCACAGUGACAGCUUUCAUGAAGAAGAGGACCGUGUCCAGAAGAAACUGUCUCCAGUUAAUGGUCCUUUAGAGGCCUUUUCUGGUACUGUAAUAGAAAAAGAACUUUUAUUUUCCUCUGUGCCAGUCACAAGCAUUGCCCAUCCAGCUUUGCCAACAAUCCAAGAGAAAAAGGCUGAGGAACAGAUAACAGAUGUACCUGAAGAAAGCACAAAACGAGUUUCAAAGUUCAAAGCUGCAAGAAUACAACAGAAAAAAUAACUUUUGUGUCAAUCUAUUUCAUUAAUCUUUUCUCAGUAUUGAGAACAUAGAGCAGGGCUGGAUUUUGUUUACAAGCCAGAGGUGCUAUAUUGCACUCUCCUUUGCACCCAAAGGGUUAUCACAGUUAAAAAAUCAUAUUUUUUCUUUUUAUUCUUAUAUUUCGAUAAUUUUUCAAUGUGAUUUUUUUUAAAAAAUAUGCAAUGGAAAAGAAAUUAGCAUAUAUAAGCACUUUUUAUGUGAGCAUCGUGUGCUCCUCCGAUUUGUGGGAACUUUAGAGUUAAGCCAACCUUUUACUGAAUAAUAACGUCUUCUUGUUAUUAAGCCUAGUAUUAUAUCAUCUGCAGAGAUACCCAACACUGAGGCCAAAGGUGAACUAUUCUUGUGACCUUUAAAUGAUUUUUUAAAAAUAUUUAUAUUUGGUGUUCUUUGCUAAAUUUUUGUGCUACAUGGAAGCCACAGAUGAUAAAAAGCUUCUGCCUUAGGAUGACAUUAGCUAAUGAUACUUUGUUAUCUGAUUGUUAAGCAACUCUGUUCUGGGGUUUAGACAAACUAGAGUAUAU